AUGGCUGCCAGCACAGCCGACCCAAGCAGCAUCUCCCACAAUGCCAGCUUGUGUCCUCCCCACCACCUACCCCAGGCAGCCAGCGUGACGCUCUGCGUGUUCUACACAGUCCUCUUGGUCUUCAGCGCCCUGGGAAAUAUCCUUGCCCUUUACCUUGCCUGUCAAAAGGGCAAGAAGAUCAACUCAACAGGUGUCUACUUGGUCCACCUGGCGGUGUCUGACCUUCUGUUCACACUGGCCCUCCCUGGGAAGAUCACCUACUAUGCGCUGGAUUUCAGCUGGCCUUUUGGUGAAGGGCUCUGCCGGCUGACGGCAUUCAUUUUCUAUCUGAACACCUACGGGGGGAUCUACCUCAUGACGUGCCUGAGCGUGGACCGCUACCUGGCUGUGGUCCGCACACACCAAUGCCCCCGGCUCCGCAGUGCCAGCCGAGCAAAGCUUGUCUGUGGGGUCGUCUGGGCCCUGGCAGUCCUGCAGAUGGUGCCCCUGCUCUUCGUGAUCAUGACCAAGCCUGUGGAGGGCAGGGUCACCUGCAUGGAGUACGUCAGCGUUGAGAAGGUCUUCAGGCUGUCCCUAAUCAUCCUAGUCACCUGUGUCCUAAACUUCUGUGGGCCGGUGGGGAUCAUGCUAUUUUGUUACGUGAAGAUCACGGUGAAGCUGUGCAGGACAGCCCGGGACAACCCUCUGACCAGCAAGAAAGGGCACCACCGGAGGGCCUGCCUGCUCACCCUGGUGGUGCUGGUCGCCGUGGUGGUGUGCUUUAGCCCCUACCACCUCAACAUCAUCCAGUUCAUGGUGCGAGAGGUCCUCUACCUGCCGUCCUGCCCGGAGCAGAGGGCCUUCAAAGUGUCCCUUCAACUCACUGUGUCCCUCAUGAACAUGAACUGUGGCAUUGACCCCAUCAUUUACUUCUUUGCGUCAACACGUUACAGGAAAUGGCUCCUUGGCAUUUUAAAACCCAGAAAGUCAGCAGCAUCCUCUUGCCCACUGAGGGGAACUUCUUCAGAAACACAAAGUGCCACCAGGCUGGAGGCUCUGUCCUUAGGCGAGAAUCGAGUCUAA